UCUAUAAAUCUACAACCUUCUUCAACCUCUAUUUGCUCAUCGAACGCCCUCUGAAGAAGAAGAAGAAGAAGAAGAAGCAGAAGCAGAGCGAGCGAUGGGUUCGGAAGCGGUGAGGAACAAGAAGGUAGUGCUGAAGCAGUACGUGGAGGCCGGACGCAGCCCCAGGGAGAGCGACGUGGAGGUCGUGGCGACGGAGACCGUCGCUCUGGCGAUUCCCGAGGGCUCUCCGCCGGCGAUCCUCGUUAAGAAUCUCUACCUCUCCUGCGAUCCCUACAUGCGCGGCCGCAUGACCAAGCACGACACGCCUAGCUACAUCCCCGACUUCACUCCCGGCUCUGUGAUUACUGGCUUGGGAGUGAGUAGAGUGGUGGAAUCCACGCAUCCCGAUUUCAUAGUCGGUGAUCUGAUUUGGGGCAUUACCGGAUGGGAAGAGUACACUCUCCUCGUCUCUAAUUUGGGGAGUUUCUUCAAGAUCAGAUACACGGACUUGCCCCUUUCUUACUAUACCGGUCUUUUAGGCAUGCCUGGCUUUACAGCUUAUGCUGGAUUUUCUCAAGUCGCACAGCCGAAGAAAGGCGAACGGGUCUUUGUUUCUUCUGCCUCAGGUGCCGUUGGCCAACUUGUUGGGCAAUUAGCCAAACGCAUGGAUUGCUACGUGGUUGGGAGUGCUGGGUCUGAUGAAAAGGUGGACCUAUUGAAGAACAAGUUUGGUUUUGACGAAGCUUUCAAUUAUAAGCAAGAAACUGAUCUAGAUGCAGCCUUAAAGAGGUGCUUGCCCGAAGGGAUCGACAUUUAUUUCGAGAACGUAGGAGGCCGGAUGCUCGAUGCGGUUCUUCCCAACAUGCGAGCCUAUGGUCGAAUCCCUGUGUGUGGGAUGAUAUCUCAGUUAAACCUGGAGAAGCCUGAUCCUGUGCACAACCUGUUUUGUCUCCUCAUUAAACAGGUCAGGAUGCAAGGGUUCUUGGUGUCCGAAUUUUAUCACCUCUACCGAGAGUUUGAGGACGAGGUGGUGCAGCUGAUAAGGGAAGGGAAGAUCACAUACGUCGAGGAUGUCGCUGAAGGACUCGAGAAUGCUCCGGCGGCUCUAGUGGGCCUCUUCUCCGGUCGCAACGUCGGGAAACAGUUGGUGGUGAUUGCCCGGGAGUGAAUCACUGUCUUUCAAACCUUGUCGUGUAUGCAAUAAGAGUCAUAUUUUAAUAAUAUCAUAAUGGAGUUUUAUGCGUAA